GUUGCGCACGCCCAGGGCGCGGGGCCUGGAGUAGGAGAAAGGCCGGGGAGGCGGGUCGUAGACCAUGAAGCGCGGUGUUCGGCGGGCUUCUUUCCGGAAGCGGAAGGCCAGGGGGCGGGCCAAGAAGCCCCAAGAGCCCAAGGCGGUUGAUUCUUAUUACUGUGCAGCGGCUCUUCCCUGGGUCUGGGCUUCUCUGAAACUGCGAGAGAUGGUCAAGUCCGGAUGUCGACCAGGCCAGGUGUUAUCUUCAGGAACGCAUGCUGGAUCUACUAAGUUAACAAAUGGGAAGAAAGGGACCCAUUUAAGAAAAAUAACACGUUUUAAUGCAGAUUCUGGUCACUCCACCAAUUCUGAUUCCGCAAGUCAGACUGAAACUGCACAAGGCCUUGAUGGUUGUGCUUCUUUGCUGCGGGACAUUUUGAGAAAUGAAGAUUCAGGUUCAGAAAUAGUGUGCUCAGAAAAUAAAUCUAAUCCCAGACCUUUAGAAGGCAAAAGAUAUGGAUAUAAAAAGAAAGGAUAUGAGAAACAUACUUUUCCUUUAGGAGCCCAAAAGGAAAUGACAUCUUCACGGAAUAAGAAAAAGAUAAUAGCUAAUGAAACUUAUGCUGGAAGUGGAAAACACACAUCAGACUUACCGCAAAACUGGUCAUUGCAAGAUCAUUAUAGAAUGUAUUCACCCAUGGUAUACCAAGCCCUCCAAGACCAUGUGCAGACUCAAAUGUCACUGAUGAAAAACUUGGCUUCAGAGAACAAAAUGAGUGGAAUUUCUGCUGUACCUGGCCAUUCUGGGUCUGGUUCUGAGUCUCAGGCAGCUUCAGAUUCUAAUUAUGGCUCAUACACCUCGCGCUCAGUCUGGUCACCUCAACAACCACCCUGCCCUCAAGUGGUUCAUUCUGAAGUUCAAACUGAUGGUGACAACCAGUUUUCAUCACAAACUAAAACGGUUCCUGUGAACUCUUCUGAUUGUCUAAAGAAUUUGUUUAAUACCAUUCCUGGAGUUCCUUGUAGCCUUCCCCAAACUGACAUAUCUGCUAUUCCAACUUUUCAGCCUGUGGACCUGGGUAACAGGAUUCUACCACAACAAGGAAUUCGUAAGGAAGCAGACCUGCUAAAAUGUUUUCAAACAUAUAUGUCUCUGUUUCAAUCUCAUGGGAAAGAAACUCAUUCAAACAUUCAGAUCCACCGAAGCCCAAUUCCAUCACAGCCAGCUUUUGGGGCCACUAAUGAAGAAAAAUGUGCCAAAGAACAAAUUAGAGAGGCUGCAAGUGAAGAAAAAGAUUUAAACAUAGGUAUGCAAGAUGCAAGCAUAAUCAAGGAUGUAAAGAAGGCAAAAAAUGUGAACCAUACUGCUGAAAAAGUUAGAACUCUAAAGUAUUUGUUGAGAGAACUCAAGGCCCUGGUAGCAGAGCAAGAAGACUCAGAAAUUCAUAGGUUGGUUACAGAAGUGGAGGCAUGUGUAUCUGUGCUUCCAGCAGUAAAUGGAAUUACAGAUAUCCAAUUGGAAAUAGCACUGGCCAUGCAACCAUUAAGAAGUGAAAAUGCUCAGUUACGAAGGCAGUUGAGAAGUUUAAACCAGCAACUUAGAGAACAAGAAAAAACUCAUAAGGUGUCUGGUACCAUGGAAUGCAACCUUGAAUUGUUCUCUCUUCAGUCAUUGAACUUGUUACUGCAAAAUCAAUUGCAGGAGUCACUGAAGAGUCAGGAAUUACUACAGAGUAAAAAUGAAGAGCUCUUGAAAGUGAUUGAAAAUCAGAAGAAUGAAAGCAUACAAUUUAGUAAUAUGUUUAAAGACAAAGAGCAAAUUAUACUUGAAAAUAAACAGCAGUUCGACAUUGAGAUGACAAAAAUAAAAAUUGAAUUGGAGGAAGCCUUAGUCAAUAUGAAAAGCUCCCAGUUUAAGUUAGAAACUGCUAAAAAGGAAAAUCAGAUUUUGGGAAUAACAUUACGCCAGCAUGAUGCUGAGUUGACUCGACUGAGAGAAUUAACAAGAACUUUACAGAACAGUAUGGCAAAGCUUCUCUCAGAUCUUAGUGUGGACAGUGCUCGCUGCAAGCCUAGGAAUAACCUUACCAAAUCACUUCUGAACAUUUACGAUAGACAACUUCAAGAUGAUCCAAUCCCUGCUCAUGCGUCUAUCAUGAGCUACCUAAAUAAGUUAGAAAGAAGUCACACCUUUACACAUUCACAGCCACUUUCUACGGUUAAAACUGAGGAAACCUUAGAGCCAGACAGACUCUAUGAAGACACUGUGCCUUCCAGGUCUCCUCAGCAUGGCCUCACUAGGCCUGUGGAGGAAGAAUCCACAGCUAGAGUUACUUCUCCCCUUCCAAAAGAGGAUUCUGAUGAAGGGAGUGAAACUAUGACUUUAACUGAGAAUGAGCACAAUCUGGGUAAUACCAUUUACAUCCCUUUUGCAAGAAGUACUCCUAAAAAAAAAUCGCCACUUUCUACGAGGAUAUCCCCUCAGCCACAGAUAAAUGUGGCUACAACACAGCUGACGAACAGCAGUGCAUUUGUCUCUGGAAAAGAAAAUGAACUGUGUGCACCUGUAGUUGGUUCUUCUUCAACAAAGGAAACAGAAGAUGAACUUGAAGAACUUCCCAGAACAGCUGAUGUGAAGGACAAACAGCUCCUCAAGAAAAUAAAGGAAGUAAUUGGUAAGAUCCCUGCUGCCAGCAAAGAUCCAGGGGAGCAGGCUGCAUGUCACGGCCUGUCAGCUUGUCACAGCAGCAGCAUUCAGGCGAAAGGCAACACUAAUGGUAGUGCUUUAAAUUCCGACUUGAUGUCUGAUUGGAGCGUCUCUUCUUUUUCAACUUUCACUUCUCGCGAUGAACAAGACUUCAGAAAUGGCCUAGCAGCGCUGGACGCCAACAUAGCUAGACUACAGAAGUCCUUAAGGACUGGACUUCUGGAGAAAUGAAUUCAGAAGAAAACAAAUUGAAUGCUUCUUCCUUUUAAGAAUAGAACUUGGCUAUAUCAAAGGUAUAUUUUAAGUUUCUUUAAAGAAAUAAUGUUUUAUAUGUGAAAUAAAUUGUAAAAUAAUAAAUUUAUUAUUGGAAUAUAUAACACUGUGGAGCUUAUAAAACAAGUCAUCUUAAAAAAUUGACAGUUGUUAAAAGAAAAAAGUUUUAGAUGACUAGGAACAUAUUAUAACUAAUGUUUUAAUGUAGUACUUAGCAAUUAGAGUUGUUUUAUUAAUAUGUACCUUCUGGAUUAAGGGUACAGGUUGAAAGGAUUCUCUGGUGUUCUUAAAGGGUAAUUAGAAGGGAGUCUCUGGAUAUAAUCAAACUAGAGUUUCUUUCCUGUUUCAGUAUACCUGCUGAUUUUUUAAAUGGCAUUAUGUAUUUUUUUGUUGUUGUUGCAGAUUUUGGCCAGGGCUGAGUUUGAACCCACCACCUCCGGGAUAUGGGGCCAGUGCCCUACCCCUUUGAGCCACAGGCGCCGCCCUAAAUGGCAUUAUGCUUUUAUAUGAGAUGCUCUCAUAUAAGCUAGUGGUGUUGGUGAGGUAUGUAAAUAUUUAAGAGAAAAGGUGCGAGUGCCACCUCUUAAAAAACAUCAGAAAUACAUAGAUACAUCCUAAGGUAACAAAUGGACUCUUAAAACUUUGGCACUUUUGAAGUGGCGCCUGUGGCUCAAAGGGGUAGGGAGCCGGUCCCAUAUGCCAGAGGUGGUGGGUUCAAACCCAGCCCUGGCCAAAAAACACACACAAAAAAACAACAACAAAAAAACUUCGACACUUUUGUUUAUCUUUAUACUGAAUGCAUCUUUUAAGGCCUUUAAAAAUAGUCAGAUUGGUAAAUGUUAAUAGAUAUGUUUUAGUUCUGGAAAUUUGUUUUUAAUAUAUAAGAAAUGUUUAUUUGUUUUUGUACUUCUUAUAUUUGAACAUGAUGGAAUUUAUAAAUCUUGGCUUUUUUGUAAUUCUGUCUUUGUGGGCCAAUUUUUUUUCUAACACUUUAGCUGAGACCAUUGUCUAUAACAAGGUUGGACUUUCUGCUUUUCUGUACCAAAGUAACAACCUCUUAAUCAUUUUUCAAACGUUAAUUUUAGAUUUCCUUCUCAGAAUUACUUAAGCACAUGGAUCCCGAGACGGUGUAGCAUAACUUACAACACACUGCAGAAUUCCUUUUUUUCCCGGGAUGUUUUAAUACACCACUUACAGAAAACUGGAUACUUUUGUUUAAAGUAGUUGGUUUGAGCUAGACCUCCCAGAGAAUUGCAAGAGAUGAGAUCUUAGAGAAUUCUGAAGGAUUUAAAAUUUGAAUUUUUGGAAGGACUUUAGAAGCUAUCUCCUCAUCAUAGCCAAAGAAGGAAACUGUUCUACAGUGAUCCCUGCUACUGCAAGAUCCUAAGUAGACCAUGUGAUUCCUUUUGCCUAGACUGCUAGAGUCCAGGCUCUUCCUGACAAAUUUUUAUUCAUUCUUCAAAGUCACACUUCUAUACCUUGUAUACGCUUCUAUUGGUGCAUAGUCAGUUUACAUAUUAGUCUUUCCUACCCUCAACUCUUCUUGAGGACUGGGCCAAGGUUGAUUCACCUUUGAUUCCUCCCUUAACACUUGGUGACUAUCAGUUAGUAGACACUUAACUAUUUUUGGUCAUAAGUAAAUUUCUGGUAAAUAUAUGCAUUAAUGUACACAGCUGUGAUUUAAUAAAAAAAAUUCUGGUAAA